AUGAAGGGACACAGUCGUUACUCAGACUUACGCCGUCUGGCAAUGGACAAACACAAUAUAAUCAAUCCGCCGUCACAAAUAUACACGAGCGCUAUUAAACAAAAUUUACCGGACACAAAGACAGUCCCCGUCUAUAAACCAGUUGAUAAACAACGACUUCGAAGUAGCGUAGCGGGAAUCUUUGGUAACUUAGAGAGAGAAGAACGCGAGUUAAUUAACAACGGUGUUAUUGACCGAACGCCAAAACAAACGACUGAUAUGAGAGAAGACGAAAUUAAAAAUAACAUCAUGAACAGUUAUAUGAAUCUCAAUGAAUACGAGAAAGGCGAAUUGACAAUACAUAUCGAGAAAGAAAGAGCCGAAGAAGAGAAGUACUUAAAACAACAACAAGAACAACUUAGGAAACAAGCCGCCAUGAAAAAGUUAGAAGUUAAAGACGACGACUCUUUCGAAGAUGUCAAACCGGAAGAAGCAGAUUUGGAGGAUAUUGCGCCACAAAAACGGAAAAUGAGAAUCGAAGAAGUCGAUCAGUUUGAGGGUGUGAGACCGAAUAGAAAAUCGAUUGUCAACUCCGCACUCCUUUCGGAGAAAAUUAAUGAAAAGGAACAAGAGGAAAUGGACUUGGAGGAUAUCAAGAAAUUGGUUGGUGUUGAUAAUAUCAUCGAUUCGUAUAUGGAAAUUGAACACAAUAAUGGAGUGAUGUAUGAAAAUAACGUGUCCUAUGAGGAUGUUUCCCCUUUAGCCCAACCCAAAGCAAAAACAGCGAGAAUGGAAGAAGAUGAAAACGACAAAAUGCAAAGUCCGUCGCAAAUAUCAAUGAAAAGCGAAAUGAGUAAGGCGAGAAUGAUGGAAAUAUCCAACGCAGAACACUCCGAAAUACUUAAGAACCGCCCUGAACCAAUAAAACCAGAACAACUUGCUUCAGCCAUUUCGGACAUCUCGACUGUUAAAAAGGAUAUUGACCAAUAUCGAUCAUCUUAUUCACAUGAUUCGGAGGUACUAUCGCCACUCAAAUGUCAAAUCGCGAAUAAAGCAGUGGUAGAGCACAUAUCAACAAAUAGCGAGAAUAAAACUGCAAUGCCUUUUAAUACUGCCAUUGAGAGACAACUUGAAGAGAUGACGACAAAACAAAUCAAAGAAAUUGAAGAGGAGGAGAGACGUGAGAAAGAGAGCAGUCAAGAGAAGAAGGAGGAGGUGUUGGUGAGGGAGGUGACCAUUCGGAAUGAUAUUGAAGACAAAAGUACAAGUGAAACCCGUGAACAGUACGAUGAAGAAGGAAAACACUGGAUGGGGAAAGGAACACCAAUACUUGCGUUAGCCGAUUUGAAUAAGGAAAUGCAAGAAAAUGUUGAAUUAUCAGCGAAGAGAGAGCAUAUAUUAAGUAAAGUGACUGAACGUAUCAAGAACGGUGUGAUGAAAGUGAUGGAACAGAAAAUAACGAAGCAGGCGGAGACAUCUGGAGUGUUUGAGAAUGAAGACCAGAAACGCGAGUAUGUGAAAACACAUAUGGGCCAAGUGCAAGAAGAACUGGAGGACGUUGUGUCGAAGGUGGACAUGAAAGAAGUUGUUCCAAUGGUAAUGGAGAAGAAGAAAUAG